AUGCAGGUUUCUUACAAAGCCUGUGAGGUUGUGCUUCAUAGCGGUAGCCUGGGUCCAGAAGCGGUAGGCCACACGCUGCACUUUUCCUUUGACGGUUAUGUUAUAGUGUCGGAUCAAUUACUUGUUGAGUACCUCUAAGUUACGGUGCUCGGUUUUAUUGAGCUCGUCCUUGCUCAGUGUUUUGAAAUAAUCGUAGGUGAUUUUCAGACCUUCGGCACGGUUCACUUUCGGUUCCCAGCCCAGGAUGGCUUUGGCUUUGCUGAUGUCCGGGCGGCCCCGUGA